AGCUACGCGCGCCGUCAGUCGCUCUUUGGCCGCGCUGUCGGACCUCAUCGCACUUCGAUACAAAAUUUCGUUGGAUUUCGUCCACCGGUGCUUCAUCCACAAGUUAGUUCCCUUCAACUCGGGGAUUCUUACAGUGAGUGAGUGUUUAAAUCGGAUUGGUUCCUCGAACAACUUUCCAUUCCAGCUCGUCACGUAAAAGAUAUGCCGGGGACAUAUUUUUAAAGCACGCCUUCCCGGAGGAAAACCUUUCCGACUUGAAUCGUUAUUAAUAGUUUGCAAGGAUCCAGUCGAGCCGACACGAUGACAAAUACGCCGAUAAUCAAAAAUCCAACAUGGUGGAAGCGGAGGACAUUGAUGGAAAAGAACCUAACUCUGCUCACGGCAGUGACGAUGUUUAUUAUCUUGAUGUUGGCCGUCGCGCUGAUGACAACGCUGCUCAUCACUCGCAAUGCAGGAGAGAUCCUCCCCCCGAAUGCAGAGUUGAAUGGCCUCUCAAACAAAGGAAUAUGGCCUGGUCGAAGUGUCUACAAUGAAAUUAAGGACACGAACAAAGACAAUGUUUGCCUAACAAAAGGCUGCGUGUGGGCAGCCUCCGACGUUCUGGACAAGAUGGACGACUCAGUGGACCCGUGCGACGAUUUCUAUCGCUUCACGUGCGGCAAGUUCAUCAAGGAAACCAUCAUCCCCGACGAAAAGACUUCCGAGACGACAUUCAGCGAGAUCAGUGAUACGCUGCUCAACCAGCUCCGUGCCAUCAUCGAAGCGCCUACUUACGAGAACGAACCCAAACCCUUCGUUCUCUCUAAAAACCUCUACAAAGCCUGCAUGAACAAAAGUAGGAUAGAAGAUUUAGGUCUGGAACCGGUGCACAAGAUUAUCAAAAGCUUCGGAGGGUGGCCUGUGCUGGAGGGUGACCGGUGGGACGGAGGCUCAUUCAACUGGAAGGACAGUGUUUAUAGAUUCCGCAAAGCUGGAUACAGUGUAGACUACUUCAUAGAUUUCUCCGUCAGCAUCGAUCUCAAGAACUCCACUGUUAGAGCCAUCGAUUUGGAUCAAGCAUCAUUAGGAUUGAGCCGCGAAUAUCUUUCCAAAGGACUGAACGAGAAAAUUGUGGCUGCCUACUACGACUAUAUGGUGGAUGUUGCCAUUCUCUUCGGUGCAGACCGUGAAAGAGCCGUCAAGGAAUUGCGGGAAUCAUUAGAUUUUGAAAUAGCCCUCGCUAACAUUUCAUUGCCGAUGGAGCAAAGGAGGAACGCAACCGCAAUGUACAAUCCGAUGAGUAUAGAUGAACUGCAGCGAAAAUUCCCGAGCAUUCCGUGGCUGGAGUACAUCAACACCUUGCUGGCGCCCCACCAUACACUCACCCCCGAUGAAGUCGUCAACGUUAACGUCCCAAAAUAUUUCCACGAUCUGGAAGCAAUCCUAAGUAACACUCCCAAAAGAACGCAAGCCAAUUAUGUGGUGUGGCGUGCGGCCGCGGCCAGCGUGAGCUACCUGAACGAGAAAUUGCGGAACCGGCAGCUCGGCUACUCCACCGUCGUUUCCGGUCGGACAGAGCGAGAAGCACGCUGGAAGGAGUGCGUCGAUAUCGUUUCCGGAAGUAUGUCACUUGCUGUAGGAUCUCUGUAUGUGAAGAAAUACUUCAACGAGGACUCAAAAAAAUCUGCCCUGGAGAUGGUCAAUGGAAUCCGUGAUGAGAUGUAUAAAAUUCUUACCAGCGUUGAAUGGAUGGACGAAAAAACAAGAAUAGCGGCUUUAGAAAAGGCGAAAUCGAUGACAACCCACAUUGCUUAUCCAGAUGAACUGCUGGAUGUGGAGAAAUUAAAGGGAUUCUACGAUAAGCUGGAAAUGAGUCCGGAUAAUUACCUUGAGUCUAUUCUGAACUUAACCAAAUUCGGAACGGACUACAGUUUCAGUAAAUUGAGAUUACCCGUCAACAAAUCGGAAUGGAUCACCCAUGGCAGACCUGCAGUUGUCAAUGCGUUUUACAGCUCCAUUGAAAACAGUAUCCAAUUCCCCGCUGGUAUUCUUCAAGGUUCAUUCUUCUCGAACGACAGGCCUAAGUAUAUGAACUAUGGAGCUAUCGGAUUUGUCAUUGGUCACGAAAUCACUCACGGAUUUGAUGAUCAGGGUCGGCAGUUCGACAAAAAUGGUAAUCUAGUAGAUUGGUGGGAGCCUGAGACUAGAGAGGCUUAUCUAGAGAAAGCGCAAUGCAUCAUUCAUCAAUAUGGCAAUUAUACUUCACCUGAAGUUGGACUGAAGCUGAACGGAAUCAACACGCAAGGCGAGAACAUAGCGGACAACGGCGGUAUCAAGCAGGCGUACUACGCGUACAACCAGUGGACCAAGCGGCACGGACUGGAGCCCCGACUCCCCGGUCUCCAGGAUUACACCCCGCAACAGAUGUUCUGGAUCUCGGCCGCCUCCACAUGGUGCUCCAAGUACCGGCCCGAGACCCUCAAACUCCGCAUCACGACAGGCUACCACUCGCCCGGCGAGUUCCGAGUCCUCGGCCCACUCUCCAACCUCCCCGAGUUCGCCCGUGACUUCAAGUGCCCGUCCGGCUCCAGGAUGAACCCAGUCCAAAAAUGCAAAGUCUGGUAGGAGCCACGCCAUUCAUCUAUAAAAGCAGCCUUCUCGUAGGCGCUCGUUUUCUCUCACUCGAGUCUGUGACGUGUGUGAUAUUUUCCAUAACAUCGAAUAUUGUGAACAAACGAGAAUCGUAGAUCGUCGCACGUCAUCUUCUUGCCGCACGAUACGCCAAAAUUAAAAUUAGCCAGGCGAGUGAGUGGACUAUGAUCACGUCCUUAAUUCCAUUGAGUUAGGUGAACGAAUGCUAACAGUGUGUUUAUUCAUGCCACAAUAUAUCACUCGCAUGAGGCAUGACCGUAGGUUGCUUCUAUGUUCACCGUAUUAUUGGAUUGGGUUAGCAAGUGCGAGUAAUUGCGGGUGGUCAUUGGGGUGUAUCGCGUGUGCAACAUUCUACAUGCUGGGCUAGUGAGUUAGUAGGGGCACUAUCUCCCGCCUCAUCAGCUCCAGUGAAGAAAUCAAAAUUGGCGGUAUUUCUAGUGCAUCACAUGCCGAAAAUCAUUCUCACUAGACGGGUGGGCGAGUUGAGAUAAUAUCUCUUACAUCACCGGUUGUGGUGAAAAUUUGCAUUUCAAAAAUUAUGCGAUGGAUGUGACGGAGUAACUCCCUCCGAAUUUAAGGGGUGAUCUGUUCAGCUGUCAGAACCAAAGAGUAUAUUCUCAGAAAAAUCCAGCCUCAGUCAACUUUGAACCAUAAAAAAGUAAGCUAAAGGUAGAAAAAGAAACGAAACAAAAUAUUUUACUAUCAUGACAACCAAAAGACGACGAACUCAGUCUAAUUAAAUUAUAUUUUUCUCAAUUGAUUCUGUCAGAUUUUCUUUUUCUUUUUCAAUAGAUAAAAGUUGUAGGUUCCUGUUUUCUCUGUAAUUCAAAUGAAAAAUGUAAUGUUUAUAAUGCUAUUUUUGGAAUGAAAUACUCAUUAUUUAGCGUCGGUGGAAAAUUACUUAUAAAAGGUCUCCAAUUGAUUUUAUAGUCUCAAAAUUUAAAGGUCUAUGAAAUCUGCAAAUUUAAUUUUUUUUUUUUUUUGUGGGGGGAGGGAAGGGGCUUCCUCUUGUGGCGAUUCUUGAAUUUUGGAAACACAGGACUUCAUCCAAUUUUAUAUGGAGUGAUUGAUAUCUAUCUAUUCUCGAUGAAUCAUGCUGCUUCAUCAAGAAUCGAUUAUUGUUUAUUGUAGUUAAGUUGUGGAAAAAUAGCGUUGCCAACUUGCUAGAAUCGUCCCUGGCUCCUUCCGCAGAAUAGUGUUUCUGUAAAAGCCAUUUUGAGGGAAAUAUCUUAUUUCGAAAUUUUGAGCUCCUCGUUUUUUAAUUUUUAUGAAUUUUAUGAUCGAAGGACGUCUCUCGGAUUGCAAACAUAUUGUUUCUUUCUAUAAAUCCAACAAGAGGACAAUCAAUUAUUUUGCCGUUAGAAAAUUUUACUUUGUGACUUUCCAUUUGAAAAAAAACUUUGAAAUGUGAGGGAUGGAAAAGUUUAAAACAAUCUAAGUUAUAAGUUUCAAUAUUUUCACGAGAAUAAUUUGUGUGUUUUUAUAUGUACAUGUAUUUUUUUAAGAUUUUUUUUAUUCCAAAGAAGUUGAACCGUUUUUGAAUGAAUAAAUGUUUUAAAAUUAUUGGAUCUCAUGUUUAGGGAAUUCAAUAUCGUGGAAGAAUCCCUCUUCUUUCCUGAGGGAAGAUGGUACAUCAGCGAAAAAUUGUUAAUGAGGCAUAUGAACUUGCAUUACAAAGAGGGAAAAAUUCUAUUGUAACUAAGAUUUGAGAUUUGUUUAAUGCGUAAAUGUAUUCGAUAAAAAUUGGAAAAAUAGUAUCUUUCUGCAAUUUUGUACAUAACUUAUCUGUCAAGCCAUGAACCUGAUGAAUCGCCAGGAAAACGAUUGUUACAAUGCUAUUGUAAAUAUUAAUUCACAUGAAUCUAAUCUCGUUUCCUCGGCGCUGUUCAUGGGGUCAAAAACACAAAUAUGAAAUACUCCCGCAUAGAUAUCCAUGACUCUUAUUUUCUUUGAUUCAUUAUGCGAAGGUAUAUUUGCUUGUGCAAAAGAUGAAAGAAGUGUAACAAAAUUCACUACAGAUUAAGUGAUGUCCUCAGUCUGACAUUGAUACUAAAUGUUUUUGUAAUCAUGGUGAACAUAACAAGAUCGUCACCAGCAUCACAAUAGUUCGUACAUUUUCUUUUAAUCAAUUGAUACACAGCGAUCGUGAGAAAUGCAACCAUACAACAGUUUCGUCAUUAUCAAAAACAGCAUGCACGCCACCUGCACUAUAUGUGGACAUGUUUGUAGAGCGGGAUUUGAAAUGCGCCGAGUUCAGCAGAAUGGAACCCAGCCAUGUAGAUCAAGAUCAGAGAACAGAGAAAGAUAGAUUUAAAUUUGUAUAAUCCAUAAGACUCAAUGUACUUCAGAGAAUUUUAGUGCCAAUAAUUUUCACUUUCAAAAUAUUUUUUCUCAAUAUUGAAUUCUUGACAGGAGAAAAUGCAUCGCUAGUUCAGCUCGAAACCAGUUCUGGCUCAUUUUUUUCAGAACGGCCCUUCAUUUGUCUCUGUUGAAUUCGGUUCAUUUCCCCAUUGGUGCUGGUCGUGCAUUGCACCUCUCUCAGUAUUAAUAAAAAUGCGCAACGCAGUUUCUUCUUAGUGCUAUUUUUAGUGUGCAUAGCGUUUACCUAUUUUACGCCCGGAUUUUUAACCUUGAUUUCUAAUCUCAGAACGGAAAUAAGUACAAAUUUCCAGUCUGCUUAGUAUUCUUUAUGUUUGCAUAUUAGAUGUCGAACAAAUGUGUGUUAUAAGAGAUAUUUUUUUAGAUUGCAUAGGCGGUCCAGAAAAUAUGCAUGACCAUUCAGCGAUGGGCCAGAAAGGGGUUAGAGUAGACAUCUUCUAUCAAUCUUCAACCCUAAAAUGACAUUUUAGAACAUAUUAAUUUACACGCAUCAUUAAUUUCGGUCCGAAAGCAUGUUUUUCGCUUUUUCUGUUAGGCAAGAAGUUAAUUUCAAUUUCUAUGUAUCAAUUUUAAAUGCCAUCCUUUUUAAAAAUUGUAUCAAUAAAAUAUUUUAUCUCGGCCCUUCAUUUCAGCAUGACUGUCAUCAGCUUUUUUCUAGGACCGCCUAUGAUAGAAUACAGCAAGGAGCGGAACAUUUGUUGAACACUCUUCUGUGCGUUUAAAUUUUUACAUUUGUUGUUAGAUCAGUUUCUCAUCAGAACUAGACAAUAAAUUUAAGGCUUAUACUUUAAAUUUAUUCGGAACCACCUCAUGGUAUCUGUAUAUAUUUCCGCGGGGAAAAAUAAAACCAUGGAUCUUCCAGCUUCUUAGGCUGAAAGAAACCGGAGGAUUCAGGAUGUUGGUUUUUGGUAAAUGACAUUUCCUCAACAUCUAUUGAAAUUUUAACUUUUAUCACAUGAACGAGGCUCCUCAAUAGCUGUGUGGUGAGAUUCUAAAGACCUGUAUAUACACAAAUCAAGAAUGAUGCACCGCACAGAAAAUUUUGUCCUGCAUUCUCUUGUAUCACCAGUGAUUUUGGUGAUGUCACCGAUGAUACAUUUAUCAACACGAUACAAGUUUCGGUUGUUGCAUGCAGUGAUGCGAGAAAUAGAAAAUAAAUUGGGGGAGGGGGGACAAAAGGGAUAAGUACAAGAUAUUUUGAUGAUAUUUACUUCUCAUUUCACCGGCGUAGUGUUGGAGUCAAACUUAUUGUAUUUUAUUUUACCUCGUAAAUUGAAUGUGGAAUGUUUUUGAUGAUCUGCUUUUACUUAAACAUGUGAUAAAUUUUGUAAUUUUUAAUAAGUAUAUAUUUAAAUUAUCUAUUCAAACAA